UAUAUAGUAAAACAAUAUUAGUCCUUCCAUCUAAACUGAGGAAAGACAAAGCUAGAUCUCAUCAUUCUUAAUUACUUGAUCCAGAGAGAGAGAGAGAGAGAGAGAGAAAGGCCUCAUGGGUUUGCAAAGGAAGCAUCUGCAUAGGGUGUUGCUAUGGUUCUUAGCAGCAGUACUACUAGCAGCAGCAACAGAAGCAUCCCAAACAAUUCGAUCCGAUUGUGAAGAAUAUUGUGGGGAUGUAAGCAUUCCAUACCCGUUUGGCACAAGAGAGGGCUGUUACUUGAAUGAAGUUUUCCUAAUAACUUGUAACCACAACUUCACCCCUCCCAAACCACAGUUACGAACCUCUGACAUCGAGGUCCUAAACAUAUCCCUUGAUGCUCAGGAAUUGCGCAUUUAUACUUCUGUAGCCCGUACUUGUUAUGACUCCAGCGGCGGGAUAAUUAGAAGUAGUACUGCCUUUGUUCGUUUAAAUUACUUCCCAUUUUCCUAUACCCGUAACAAGUUCACUGCUGUUGGUUGUGACACCCUUGCACACGCCGUAGCUCUCCAAGGAGACGACCUUAUAAAGACUGGAUGUAUGUCAUUCUGUGCUAGUGCAAAUAGUUCAAGUGAUGGGGUUUGCUCCGGUAUAGGAUGCUGCCAAAGCCUCAUCCCGGAAGGACUUUUGAUUUUUAACAGCAGCGUUCGAGGCCAAUCUAACCGCAGCAGGAUAUGGGAAUUCAGUCCAUGCAGUUAUUCUUUUCUGGUGGAAGAAGAUGCUUAUAACUUCUCUACAGCCGAUCUCAGGGGUCUGCAAAACACAAGUGUUGUUCCCACUGUGCUGGACUGGGCAGUUGGUAAUCUAACAUGCGAAGAAGCUCAAAAGAACUCAUCCAAUUAUGCAUGUCCAAAGCAAAGUGUCUGCAAUGAGUCCAGUAAUGGUCCAGGGUAUCGCUGCAACUGCCCUCAAGGUUACCAAGGAAACCCUUAUUUACCUUUGCCCAAUGGUUGCCAAGAUAUUGAUGAAUGUGAGGAUUCAACCCUGAAUAACUGCACCAAUAGUUGUCAUAACAUUCCCGGCAGUUAUAAGUGUUCGUGUCCAAAGUGGUAUAAAGGGGACGGCAAAAGAGAUGGAGAGGGUUGCACUAUAGACCCAUUAUUAUUGACAAAGGUGUCGCUCGGUAAGUCUCUAUAUUUUUACACUGAACAAUAAUUGCUUCCAACCUUAUCAAUAGAGAGAUAACAUUUCCUUACAGUUGGGGCAAGAGAUAUAUAUGCAAUACCUGUCUUUUUGUAAUUUUGAAAACUCCCAUGUUAUGCAUAUAGGGCCCUAACCUUCCUUAGCUUUCGGUUGCAAGCUAGGGCCUAGCUUCAGUGUAUUUUUUUUUUUUUUUUUUUCCAAUAAAUGAAUAAGGUGUAUGAUUUGAUCAUUUUUCAUUUGACCACAGUUAAUCUGUACAACAGUGUACUUAUAAUUGCCAUCAUAUUGCUUUCAAAUAAGGGUAAUUUUUAAAUAAAAAUUG